AUGACGGCGGCGACGCUCGAGCUCGAGCUCGGCUCGGUCGAGGAGACGGAGCUGCUGGGUGCUCAGCUCGCUGAGGUCGUGGAGCGCGGCGACGUCAUCUUCCUCUCGGGCGAGCUCGGCGCCGGCAAGACGUCGCUCUCGCGCGGCUUCCUGCGCCGCUUCUUUGCCGACCCGGAGCUGGAG